AUGCAGAUUAUUUCUCAAUGCGAUGCCGAUAAAAAGGGUUACCUUUCCAUCGAUGACCUUCAAGUCGCUAUGGUUGCGAUCUUGGGAUAUAAAUCCAAUAAACUUGUAAUAAGAUUUAAUGUGGCCUUGAAUAAUAUAAAUAUAACGGUUUGUUUGCUCAAUGCUUGUGAAGACUUACUUAUUACAAAAUUGCAAGAGUACGAUAUCAACGAAAAAAUUAAGGAUAUUUUUAUGUCAUUUGACGCCCACUGUCGAGGGUUUCUGACACUUAGCGAUCUCAUGUCGGUCUUCGAUGAAGUGGCUCCAAGGAUUUCCAAGGCAACCGUAACGUCCAUUUUUAGGAAUAUCGAUUUUGAUGAAGAUGGCAGAGUCAGUUACAGGGAUUUUGAAUAUAUGAUGCGAUUACAUUUCGACUCUCUUCAAAAAAACUAG